GGACCCGGAGGUGGAGAGGGAGCAGAAGCAGGUCGAGAAGAUCUUUAAGCUCAGGGAGUUCAAGGACGUCAUCAUGGUUGUGAGGGGCCUGACCAAGUCGUUUGGAUGCAUGGGCAAGAAGGGCCUCGAGAAGACCAGCUUCCUCUUGCGCACAAACGAGUGCCUGGGCAUGGCGGGCCUGAACGGUUCUGGCAAGAGCGUCCUGAUGAAGCUCCUGGCGGGCGACCUGACGGCCACGGGGGGCAACGCGUAUAUGGCCGGACUCACACUCAGCGGGAACCUUCGCCGUUGGCAGAUGGCCAUCGGUUACUCGUGCGACGGCCGCCUCGGGCUCGUACCCGUGCUCACCGGGGCCGAGAUGCUCGACCUGGUGGCCAGGCUUCGGGGCAUCUCUCCGGUCGCCAACCGCCGACUCGUCGUCUCCAGCACGCUCCUGCUGCUCAGCCCACUUCAGGGGGACAAGCUCUGUGGCGACUACACAGUGACGGAACAGAAGCUGCUCUCUCUGGGCAUCGCCAUAGUCGGCGUUCCCCCGAUCCUUUUGCUGGACGAGCCGUACUCCGACGUGGAGCCAUUUUUCCGCCACCAGAUUGUGCGGUUCCUGCAAAUAUUGAAGAGCGUCCGGGCCACGACCAUGGUCAUCAGCGCUCAUAGGCUGUCCCAUUGCGAGGAGCUGUGUGACCGGGCCAUCGUCCUGGAAGACUGCAAGAUCGAGACUAUGGGAGACUACGACCAGAUGAACCACAAGUUCGGUCGUUGCUACAUGAUCAAGAUGAGGCUGCCCGCCGACCGCCGGGCCGACAGGGGCCUCCAGCGGGAGCUCAUCGAGCUCAUGCAGGAAGAGUUUCACCAGUGCGCGCCUUGCUACAGUUACAAGGGCAUGAUCGCCUUCAGGGUGGGCAAGACCUACACCAACUGGAGCGAGGUAUACUCCAAGGUAGCGGCUCACAAGAGCAACCUGGGUCUGCCCGAAGUCUUUGUGGGCGACAUUUCGUUCGAGGAUAUCUUAGUCGGCCUGGCGAGGUGCCAGAUCCUCACCAUGAUGAUACGUGCCAACACCAUAAGCACCGCGCCUUCUUAAUC